AUGCUGACCACCACCAUGGCUGAGCCUCUGAGCCAGGCGAGCUGGGAGCAAGUCAAUGACACCUCGAUCAACAGCUCGGCCGUCUCCUUAAACAUCAAGUCCAGCCAAGUGGUGACCUCUGCCAGUAUGUUCACCAUCGGGGUGGUGGGCAACCUGAUUGCCAUCGUGGUGCUGUGCGUCUCCAAGAAAGAGCAGAAGGAGACCACUUUCUACACGCUGGUGUGCGGGCUGGCAGUAACGGAUCUGCUGGGCACCUGCUGUACCAGCCCGGUGGUGAUAGCCACCUACCUAACCCAGCAAUGGCCCGGCGGGCAGCCCCUCUGUCACUUCUUCUCCUUCUCCAUGCUGUUCUUCGGCUCGGCUGGCAUGACCAUCCUGUGCACCAUGUCCAUCGAGCGCUACCUGGCCAUCAACCACGCCUUCUUCUACAGCCAGUACAUUGACAAGGCUCUGGCCAGGCUGGCCCUGAUGGGAGUCUACUUGCUCAACCUGGUCUUCUGCAUCCUGCCCUUCUUCGGCCUGGGCAACAACGUCCGCCACUUCCCCGGGACCUGGUGCUUCCUGGACUGGAGAUCCAACAGCACGGUGUCCGCCUCCUACACCUACAUCUACGGAGGCUUCAGCGCCUUCCUGAUCCUGGUGACCGUCCUGUGUAACCUGUCCGUCUGUGCUACCCUCAUCAGCAUGAGGAAGAAAGCCAUGGGGAGGGGAGACGCUGCUGCUCCCGGCAGCUUCAGGGGUCGCCGUUUCCCCCACCUGGCCGCCGCCGAGAUGCAGAUGUUCUGGCUCUUGGUUCUCAUGACCAUCGUCUUCCUGGUGUGCUCCAUCCCCCUGGUGAUACGCAUUUUUGUGAAUCAGCUGUAUGGCCCUGCACAGCUCCAGGCAGGUGAGAAGCUACAUUAUCGCGGCGAUCUUCUAGCCAUUCGUUUUGCCUCGUUCAAUCCAAUCUUGGAUCCCUGGGUGUAUAUCCUCUGCCGGAAAAAGCUUCUUACCAUGGGGUGUGAGAGACUGAAGCGAACGGUGGGUGCUGCAAAGGAUGGCCAAUCACGCAGGGUGGGUUGGGCCAGCGGCCAGCAGACACCACUCUCAUGCCCUAACAGUAUUGCUACCAGCUAUGCCUCACUACAAAUAAAAGAUGAAAGCAAAAUGUUGCAUGGGAAAGCCUGCCACAGAGCUGCUAACUUGACUCAUUCAUUCACAGACUUCACAAACCAGCAACUGUGGGAGGCCGUAGCUCACCCUUUCAGUAUCCCUGAUGAGAAUCACACUGGCAUCACUAAGACUCGUUCUGAAACCCCUCCACAGUCUAAUGCCAUUGUUUGCACAAUAUUAAAGGAAACUACGAUAUCAGAUGUCAGUGCACAAAACAACACUGCUCUGAGCCAGGAGAGGAGAAUGUUUGACAUUUUGAAUUGCACUUUAAGUACACCUUCAUCAUGCAUAUCAGAGAGAAGUAUUUAAAAGGAAAGAUUACUUUUCUAAAGUGUUGGACACUAAUUUAUAAACUUUGAAAAUAUCAAGCAGCAAUCUAAUUUUGGCAGGAUUCCUCUUGUCAUAAUUUUAAUAACAUUUUGAACACUGAGGAAAUGUUAAGAUGAUAUUAUACAAUCCACUCCAGUCAUACAUGUAACUAAUUAUAGAUCUUAACUGAAAUCACUUGACAUUAAUGGGUUGAUAAUGGCCUCAGAAUGGGGUCAGUCGCCUUACUUCCACCUUAACUUCAACAAAGCGGCUACCAAAAGCUUGUACAAGGUCUAUUGGACACUGAAAGUGCCUAACUGUUUCAUGUAUAUUAACUGGACUCUAUGGUAGUUGUCAUUGUUUGGAAAUCAUAGAAGCAGGCUAUUCAGCCCACUGAAUCUGCACCAGUCUUCCAAACAGCAUCCUCCCCCAUACCACCCCAUCCCUGCAUUUACCAUACCAAUCUACCAAACCUGCAUAUCGCCAGACACCAUGGAUAAUAUAGGAUGGCUAAUCCAAUUAACUUGCACAUCUUGGACUUUAGGAGGAAACCAGAGCACCCAGAGGAAACCCACACAAACACAGGGAGAAUGUGUAAAUGUCACAUGGACAGUUGGUCAAAGCUGUGAACCACCAUGCCACUCAUUUUCCAUAAACUAAGCUGAAACAGAGAUACAGCCAAAUUAAGUUUGACAUUCUUUUGUGGGCCAGGAGAAUCAGUAAUGCAUCUCUGGAUCCCACAUUAAUAUUUGGGCCGUUACUUCAUGAAGAUUCCCUUCCCAUGAUUACACUUGCUCUCCCCGUGCAUUUACCUUUUUUUGCUG